AAAUUGUAUUCUGUAACCGGUAAGAAGAGGAAAACAAGAAAAAAAAAGAUCUGAAAGAGAGGCGAAAAGAAAGAGAAAAGAAGAUGAUGAUGAGAAGAUGAGAAGAUGAGAGAGAGGAAAGAAUGAUGUUCAACUUGCCCUGGGGCAAUCUCACGGUGAUUCUGUCUUCCAUUUUGAUUACAUCAACCUGAUCAUCAUCAUCAUCACCACAACAACAACAUCACAACAACUAAAUUCAAAAUCUUUUCACUUUUCACUCGUUUGUUUUAUUAUUAUUGUUUCCAAUGGUUAAUUUAGCUCUAUCUAGUUGAUUGUUGGUGAGAAAAUCACAAUUAACAGUGAUUGUUAAUUGUUUCACCAUUGUAUUGGAAAACUAUUAACCCUCAUCAUCAUCAUUAACUUGAACAAUUAAUUAAUUUUGCUUCAUCAUCUUUGUUUAGUUGAUUGUUGUGUUUACCUUGAUUUCUUGUUGAUUUAAUUUGCUCUUGAUUGUGAUGAUUGUCCAAAUGUGUUUUAAUUACACUCAACCUAAUUGUUGGUGAUUGUUUAUCGUUAAAUCAACAGAAAUUAAAAUAAACAUUAACAUUUAUUUCUUGAUUACUUUUUUAAACUUUGAUUAAGUUUUGUUUUUCUUCAAAUAAUUUAUUUUAAUUACUAAUCAACUUAGUCCAUUUUCUGUGCUACUGCUGCUAAUCAGUUGAUUGUGCUAAUUGUUACUCUUGAUUGUCAACUACAAUUUUUCAAUAUUUGCUUAAUUUGAUUGUUAUAUUACAAGUUUGCCUUUAUUAUUAUUUAAUCAUCAACAAUUAACAACUAAAAGUUAAGGAGGAUAAGUGAUUGGAUUAAGUUCAAACAAUUGUGACAACAAAGGAAAUCAAUUGAUCAACAGGUUAUUCUCAAAUACAAGUGAAAGUGAUGUUUUUAAUUACCACCAAAGUGGAUUAGUUAAUUGUUACAAUUGAUUUUCUCUUCUCUCCCAACAACGAAAAGUAAACAAAAUUGUAAAUUGUCACCAGUGAAAAAGAAAAGAUAUUCCCUUUGUUUUGGAGAUUAGGUUCAAACCUAUUCGAUUUUUCUGUUGACCUUUAACUGGACAUUUUACCGUUAUUUGGAUCAUCAGCUGAUCGAUAUUAGAACUCUGGACAAAGUGUUUACCACCGGUGGGAGAUGGUUUUUGUUCCCCGGAGGCGAAGCCUUUACUUUAAAGUGCUUCUCCUCAUUCCAGCCUCAUGGUUUCUAUUAACACUUUUAAUUAACCUUAAUGAUAAAGCCAAACAACAUACAAACAAUUUACCCGAUGUUGAUUUAAUUGUAUUACAACAACAGCAACAAUCACAAUCAUCAAUUUCAUCCUCAUCAUUAUCACAACAACAACAACAACAACAAUUGAACAAUCAUUAUGAUAAUAAUAAUAAUGUUAUUAUACAGAAUCGUGUCAAUAGGUUAACUAAUAUAAUUAGUGAAGUUAAUUCAAAAUUAAAUAACAAUCAUGUUGAUGAUUUAGAUGAUAAUAGUUUAAUUCCUGGGGAAAAUGUUGGUUCCGAUAAAGUCAAAUUGCCUCCAGGAGUAAAUCAUAAGAAUCAUAAAUUGUUUCCAAAUAAUGUUAACAGUAAAAAAGUUGAUAUUAAACGUUUAAAUGAAAAUGCUGUGAUACCAAUGCCAAUUGAUAACAUUAGUAACAAGGGUCCUGGUGAAUUGGGUAAACCCGUUGUCCUACCGACUAAUGUGACCUCCGAAGUGCAAAGUUUAAUUAGCAAAGGCUGGCAAGACAAUGCUUUCAAUCAAUAUAUUAGUGAUAUGAUUUCAUUAAGACGAUCUCUUCCUGAUGUUCGGGAUCCUCAGUGUAAAGCUGAGAAAUAUCAUCAAGAUCUACCACCAACCAGUGUCAUAAUAUGUUUCCAUAACGAAGCCUGGUCUGUUCUGCUACGAACUGUUCACUCGGUUCUAGAUCGAUCCCCUGAAAAUCUGAUCAAAGAGAUAAUAUUGGUGGAUGAUUUUUCCGAUAGAGAGGAUCUAAUGAAACCCCUGGAAGAAUAUGUUAAACCACUGGGAAAGGUGAAAGUUAUCCGAGCCAAACAACGAGAAGGGCUCAUUCGAGCUCGAUUAUUAGGUGCCAAUGUUGCGACCGCUCCCGUCCUUACCUACCUUGAUUCCCACUGUGAGUGUACCGAAGGCUGGUUAGAGCCACUUCUUGAUAGGAUAGCCCGUGAUCCAUCAACGGUCGUCUGUCCAGUGAUCGAUGUGAUCAACGAUAAAACUUUUGAAUACCAUUACCGGGGAGAUGCAAAUUCAAUCAAUGUCGGUGGAUUUGACUGGAAUCUUCAGUUCAACUGGCACGCGAUUCCUGAUCGGGAAAAGAAACGCCGAGGUCAUUCAACUGAUCCAGUCAGAUCACCUACCAUGGCGGGUGGACUGUUUUCCAUAAGUAAAGAGUUUUUUGAUCGACUUGGUACUUAUGAUAGUGGAUUUGAUAUUUGGGGUGGUGAAAAUUUGGAAUUAUCAUUCAAGACCUGGAUGUGUGGUGGAGUUUUAGAGAUAAUCCCAUGUUCUCAUGUUGGUCACAUAUUUCGAAGUCGAAGUCCAUAUAAAUGGAAAACUGGAGUAAAUGUUCUAGUUCGAAAUUCAAUUCGAUUAGCUGAAGUUUGGAUGGAUGAUUAUAAAAAAUAUUACUACCAGAGAAUUGGAAAUAAUCUGGGCGAUUAUGGUGAUGUUACUGGCCGUAAGAAGCUCAGGAAAGAGUUGAACUGUAAAUCAUUUGAAUGGUAUGUCAAGAACGUUUAUCCUGAGUUAUUUAUACCCGGUGAAGCUGUUGCUUCAGGGGAGGUUCGUAACAUGGGAGGUGAUGUAUCAUCCAAGAUGUGCCUUGAUUCACCAGCACGUAAACAAGAUUAUCAUAAACCAGUGGGCCUUUAUCCUUGUCAUAGUCAAGGAGGCAAUCAGUAUUUCCUACUAUCUAAAGAGGGUGAGAUCCGUCGAGACGAGGCCUGCCUCGAUUACGCUGGUAAAGACGUUGUCCUUUAUCCUUGUCAUGGAGCCAAAGGUAACCAACUUUGGAUAUACGAUGAUGAGAAUAAUCAAAUCAAACAUGGAAGCUCUGGAAAGUGCCUUGAAAUGUCACCCAAACGGGAAAAACUAUGGAUGAGACCUUGUUCAUCCGAUAAUCUGAACCAGAAAUGGAGAUUCCAGAAUUUUGAUCCGUCCAAAUUUACCAAAUUGGUGUAACAAUUUACCCUAAAUGAUACGAUCAUUUUAAUAUAUACUCAUCAUCAUCUUCAUUAACGUCAUCAUCUAAUUUUCAAUUUCGAUCGUUAAUCUCAAUGAGAAUAUUUUUUUUCUUCCCUGUAAAACCUAUCCGAAAGUUGAAGUUUCCAUGAAGGGAAUAAUCCAUAAUAUAUAUUAUUUACUACUCGAAGAUAAUUAUAUCAAUUGCCAAUUGUAAAUCUCUGAAUCUUUGUAAGUUUAUUUUUCACAAUUAAAGAAUGAAAAAAAAACAAGACAACAAUUAACAACAACAUCGUUU